AAUGGAACGGCAAAUUACAAAAACUCAAGACUUUUUUUCUCCAAAAUAAAGCAACUUUUUUGGAAAAUUAUUAUUCUACACACUCAUCUACUGAAACUUUUAGCCUGCAUUUGAAGAAAACGCAAUUCUAAGAGUGAUCUUCAAACCAAAGUAUCUUUGAGGGGAAGCCCCGAAUCUUUAUUUUGUUUCUAUAUAUUUAGAUUAGUGAAGUGAUUCUCUACAGUGCUGUGAACUCGAAAUUCGCCAUUUUUGAGACACCCCUAUAAAAAAAUUGUUUAAAAUUUGGUUUUGGUAACUUCAGAUAUUCAGGGGUAAAAAAUGGAAUGUCGCAUUCAUCAUAAACACAUCUUCACCUAGUUUUGAACUCACAGUCAUUCUAGUACUCCCUUCUUCGUCUAAAAGAGGGAAAAAAUGGGUCAAUUUGUUGGAUCGUGUAAUUCAGGAGCUGGUCAUUGAAACAAAAAUUAUGUUUAUUACGUCUAUGUUUAGGCUAAAGCUCAUUAAUUUUUGGGAAACACAAAGAACAAAAGAAAGUUGGGAAAUUAAAAACGCCAAAUCAAAAAUACACGUAUGCUUGGAGCCAAUUUUAUGUUAUGUAAAAUAAUUGUGAUUACAUGGUAAGUGAGUUUAUCGAAUAACUGCUCUGACAAAUAUCAUUUUCCCGUUUAAACUGAAAGUUUUUUACGUGGUUUGGACGGCUAGGAAAACAAUCGUUUGAUUUUUGCUGAAUGUGCAUUAGCAUAAUGGAAUAAAUUGCAUGUAAAAGCCAUAACGGCAGCACACUUUAUAAAGUUUCGACCUUUCCCUGAUAAAGCUCGACUUCAGCGAGAAGCCAACUGGAAGAUGGUUCGAUAAAGCUGUUUCAUACAUUACCUUACUCUUAACUGGGUUAAGAGAGAUCUAAUUUUAAGAUGUAUUCUCAAUUUAGUCUGGCUGUUCCAUAUGUUAAACAAAUGUUUUAUACAACCAAAUACGCACAAUUGCAUUGCGCGUUGUGUUUCCGGCCAUUGACCCUUCGAUCCUUUGAAUGCACAUUAUGAUUAUGAUAAUGAUAGAAUAAUCUACGAGGUGCGCCCAAUAGUGUCCGCUUUUCGGGGUACGAUACCGUGCGUACCGAAAGUUGAAUGACUGGGAAGGCGGGGUACCGGCGUUGUGCCUAGUGGCGUCUAGGCGAAUAUGAGGUUAAUAACCAAAUUUCCCGCAACAAUAUACUUAUAAUUAGGGCGAAAUAAGUUUUCGGGGAGUCAAGGCAUGCAAUAGCGUAUAUUGAUCAAACUUGUGGCUGAAAAAUUGUCAACAUUGACAGCGGAAGUCAGUCAUAAGACAAAUUCGGGAGGUGGCGGUCAUAUGUCGGAAACCGCCAAAUGAUGCAAAAACUAAUCGAUUAUUGGUUUGUUCUAAAUUUGUAGCAUUGCGUGCUAAUACUUAAAUUGGAGUGUCUGCUUUGACGGCUGUCGGGCAGAAUAAUGGGCGAUUUUGGAGAAGAUAGCGACGACAGUGACGGAGAGGGUGGUUUAGGUAAUGUAAAUCGAAUUAUAAUGAGACCGCCAGGCCACAGUGGUAAAGCAAAACGAGGUCAUUUGUGUUUUGAUGCUUCUUUCGAAUCAGGAAAUUUGGGUAGAGUCGAUUUAGUCAACGAAUAUGAGUAUGAUUUAUUCAUUCGACCUGAUACCUGUAGCCCCCGAAUUAGGUUCUGGUUUAAUUUUACAGUCGAUAAUGUUAAACAAGACCAGAGGGUCAUUUUUAACAUUGUCAACAUUAGCAAGAAUCGAAAUUUAUUUAACGACAAUCUGACUCCGUUAGUUAAGUCUUCGAGCCGGCAAAAAUGGCAAAGAAUCCCAAAACAACAUGUUUAUUAUCACAAAUCUUCGGCACAUCAAGGGCACUAUGUGUUAAGUUUCUCGUUCGGUUUUGACCGGGAAGACGAAGUCUUCCAGUUUGCUUUAGCCCCACCUUUUACCUAUUCCAAACUUCAAAUGUUCUUAUCUAUAUUAGAAUCGAAAGGGUCGUAUUUGAACGAGUCGUUUCAGAGGGAACUUUUAGGCAGUAGCGUGCAAAAACGAAGGUUAGACCUGAUCACAAUCGGCUCUUUAGACCGGUCUAAGCCUAAUUCAAAACGGCGAGUUAUUGCGAUAAUGGCGCGAGUCCAUCCCGGUGAAUCACCGGCUAGUUUUGUAUGUCAAGGGCUUUUGGAACUGUUGAUAAGUUCUAAUGCGAUAGCAAGCACUUUACGGGACCACGUUAUUUUUAAAAUAAUUCCAAUGCUGAACCCUGAUGGGGUCUUUUUGGGGAAUUACCGAAGUACGGUGAUGGGAAUUGAUUUAAACAGGUCGUGGCAUUUGACCACACCCUGGAGCCACCCGACCCUGAAGGCAGCAACAGAAAUGUUGCUAACUUUGGACAAAAAUAAGGAAUUUCAACUAGACUUUGUGAUCGAUAUCCAUGCCCAUUCGAGCCUGAAAGGUUGUUUUAUUUAUGGUAACACCUACGAAGACGUCUACAGGUAUGAGCGGCAUAUUCUAUUUCCGAAACUACUAGCGACAACUGCCGACGAUUAUUUAACCGAAAAUGCGAUGUUCAACGCCGAUCCGAAGAAAAUUGGCACUGCUAGAAGAUACCUAUGCCAACUAUUAAGCGACCGCGUCAACUGUUACACAUUUGAAGUGUCAUUUUUUGGAUACAAACUCAAAGGAUCUGACGUCACCAUUCCGUAUACGGAAGACAGUUAUAUGAGAUGUGGCCGCAACUUGGUCAAAACUUUCCUCGAAUAUUACCACAGCACUGGAGCGAUCCCGAUUGAGCUGGCGAUGGAGGUUCAGAAUAAAAAACGCAGGCCUCGGACUCAUCAUUCGAGGUCUACCACACGCAAUUCCUACAGGCAGAGACCUCACACGACCAAAACUCAAGCACUUCUUCACUUCAAAGACCUAAAUAUCAACUACGAGAGUGAUACUUCAAUCGAUGACACGUAUCGGAAGCCCGAAACGAGCCGAUUUUUUGAAAAAUUUUCCGAUUAUAUGAAGAAAUCUGAGAGGAUUGGGUCGCCACCCCCCACCACGAUCGUGGUAAUCCCAGAGCCCAGCCUCUCCAUAAUCGACUUCAACUUAAUAACAAGGAAUGAUAUUGAGAAGGCUUCCAGAAAGAACAGACGGGUUACUUAAUGAUUAUUUAUUCAACUUGUGAACAAAACGCUAUAAUUGUUAUAAAACAAAAUAAAAAUACAUAACUUACUUCUAAUUUAUUAACAUGAUGUUUGGAUGAAAAAUUAAUUAACACUGCUUGGCACUUGACAAAAGUCAGUGAAACAACUGAUUAACCUGAUUAGUUUUCCUUUUCUGUCAACUCCUGGUAACGUGCAUACAUCAUUUUUUUAACACAGUCUUUGUACGAUUCUCCUGCCAGAGCUGUAUAUCCUGCAACUUUGUUUCCUAGCCCUACGGUGCUAGUGUGCUGUUCCGCCUG